UCGAUCUGUUAUUGCGUGUUCCAAAUCAUGAUGAUACCAAAACGUAUAAAUGAAAUUGAAAUUUAAAACAUUUUUCAUCAUAAUGGUAUGGCAUAAUAAUAACUGAAUGGAAUCAUCCAUCUAGUCGUUUGAAUUCUAAUUUCAUCUGCAAUUAUAAUUGAUCAUCAUGAUGAUGAAAAAAAACUAUGGUAAAUCAUUUAGAACAUUGAAACAGGCCAUCCAUAUUGUAAUCGGCAUCAUUAUUGGUUCAUGGAUCACAUGUCAAUUUCGUUUGAUUAAUUAUGAAAAUUUUAAAAAAGAUAUUCUCUAUCAACUUUGUUCAUAUCGAUCAUCUUGGCUUUAUGAUAAUGAUAAUGAUGUUAUUCAUGUAUCGACCAAAAAUGAUUUGGCACAUACAUUUCAUUCGAUUCAUAAUAUGACAUCAACUAAUCAUCAACGUAAAUUAUUAUUGAUUGGUGUGAUGACUGCCAAAUCAUUUUUGGAUACCAGAGCGCAGACAAUCUAUGAUACAUGGGGUCGUGAUCUACCUGGUGAUGUAUUAUUUUUUACAAGCUCAAAUCAAAAGACCAAUUCGAAUCUACCAUUUGUCGCCUUACCACAGGUGGAUGAUUCUUAUCCACCACAGAAGAAAUCUUUUUUCAUGUUCAAAUUUAUGAACGAUUAUUUCGGUGAUCGUUAUAAAUUUUUUAUGCGUGCCGAUGAUGAUGUUUUUGUCAAUGUUGAACGUUUAAAAAAUUUUCUAGAAAGUCUUAAUAGUUCGGAAUCGAUUUAUAUUGGUCAAACUGGUGUUGGAAAUAAAGAAGAAUUUGGACAACUGAAUCUUGAUUCACAUGAUAAUUUCUGUAUGGGUGGACCUGGUGUCAUUAUUUCAUUCAAAUCAUUGGCUAAAAUCGCUUCGAAUGUUAAAUAUUGUCUACAAAAUCUUUAUUCAACACAUGAAGAUGUUGAAAUUGGUCGUUGUUUACGGCAAUUUGCCGGAAUUUCUUGUACAUGGAGUUAUGAUAUGCAAAAUCUUUUCCAUCAUAAUUCAUCAAUACAGACAUCAAUUUUAAACGAUAUGAUUCCAUCCAAAGAUCUGUUGAAUGCUUUGACCAUACAUCCGAUUAAAAAUCCUAAUGCAAUGAAAAAUCUGUAUCGAUAUUUUAAAAGUAUUGAUCAUCAAAAUUUAAAUUUUCAAAUCACAAAAUUAUUUCGACGUUUAAAUAUUCUACUUAUUGCUACUACUAAUCUCAAUUAUGAUUGGAAAGAUUUAUUAUCGAUGAAAUUUAAAACAUUGAUCAACAUAAAACGAUUGGCCAACGAAGCAGAAAACAUUGGCUUCUAUCCAUCAUUGAAAGUUUUAUUUACAAAAACUUUAACAAAUCCUACAUGGAAAUUUUUCACACAAAAAUUAUACACUGAAAAAUCAUUGAAUCCGAAAAAGAAUAUUGAAAAAGAUAUUGUACAGGCAUUUAAUCAAAAUAUUGAACAAAUAAUGAAUACAUUGAAUCAUAAUUCAUUCAAAAAAGGAACAUUAUUUGAUUAUCAUAGUUUACAUUAUGGUUAUGUUCGUUCCACGCAAUCGAUUGGCACACAAUUUGUUUUGGAUUUUUUGAUGAUGUAUCGAAAAUAUCAAGGUAAACGAUUAACGAUUCCUAUUCGAAAACAUGUUUACGCUGUUCAAACAUUUUCUCCAACACGUUUGUUACAUUUGGAAGAUAAACCUGUGGAUAUUGUCAAUGUAAUUGUUCCAUUAGCCGGACGAAUAUUAACAUUUAAAAGAUUUGUUCGGAAUUUUAUUCAAGUAUAUCGACAAGAUGAUCGUUUAACUUUAACAGUGGUUUUAUUUCCCAAUCAUUCGAAUCAAACUGUGUCGGAAAUUGAAAUCAUUAUGAAGGAAUUUUCAGGCACAAAAAAUAUUCUUCAAGUUGAUGGAAAAUUUUCUCGUGGAACAGCAUUACAACAAAGUUCAUUACUAUUCAAUAAUUCAUCACUUUUAUUUUUCUUAGAUGUUGAUAUGCUUUUCACUGAACAAGUUUUACAUCGUGUUCGUCGUAAUACUAUAUUCAAACAACAAGUUUAUUAUCCAAUUGUAUUCAGCCAAUAUCAAAAUUCAUUGAAAAAAUUAAUAACAAAAAAUGAAUCUAUUGAUGAUCAAGAAUUUGGAUAUUGGCGUCAAUUUGGUUAUGGUAUUGUUUCCGUAUAUAAUCAGGAUUUAAUUUCUGUUGGUGGUUAUGAUACAAACAUUAAUGGUUGGGGUAUGGAAGAUGUUAAUCUUUAUGAUCGUUUUAUUGCCAGUAAUUUAACCAUAUUUCGUUCAGCUGAUCCAGAUCUAAUACACAUUUAUCAUGCAAUACAUUGUGAUAAUAAAUUAUCAUCCAUACAAUAUGAAAUGUGUCUUGGUACGAAAUUUUUUAGUCUCGAUUCUAUAAAUACCAUUUCAACAUUUAUACAACAAAAUCAUUUGUUAUUAGAUUGAAAUAUUCUCCAUUUUUUUUGCUG